CUCUCUCUCUCUCUCUCUCUCUAAUCUCACUUUCUCUCAUCUCUACUUCACCUCUUCUCUUCUCCAAGCAAGCAAAAUCUAGCUCCAGAUCGUUCUGCUUCGUGUGUGUAUAUAUAUUGCUUUUGCAGUCGAUCGUUUGAUUUGUGGAUUCAGGGAUUGAUUUUUGUUCAAUUCACUUAUCAGAUCGACAGUUUGAAGUGCCUACUGCAUGAGCUAGGUGUUAUCGUGUCAGAAGAGCAAGGUGAAGGAUGCCCUUGUUUGAUCGAGAUCGGUACCAGCGGCUGGAUGGCGGCGCCGGCGCCGGCGGUGGAGGGCGCCGUUCGCCGUCGUCCUGCUCGACGGCGACCAUCGUCCUGUUCGUGGCGCUCUGCCUCGUCGGCGCGUGGAUGAUGGCGUCGAGUAGAAAUGUUCCGAUGAGCGUGUCGUCGACCGAGAACAAGUCGGCGGCGGCCAAGGAGAACGACGCGUCCAUCGUCGUCACCGACAAAGUCGAGGGAGGCGGUGGUGGCAAUGGUAGCGACGCGCCGCAGGCGACAGAGGAGGCUGCCGGUGAUGCGGGCAAGAAAGACCAAGAUGCCGGCGAUGCUGGCAAGGAAGAUCAAGAUACCGGCGACGCGACGAAGACGACGGACGUCGUCGGGGACACAGGCACGAAGGACGAUGGCGACGGCGACGGCGACGGCGGCGCUGCCACGCAAUCGACGGACAGCAACCGGGGUGAGGCUUCCGCUGUGGUGACUGAUGCCAUUGCCAACACCACCACCGGAGGCACGGAGCCGGCGGAAUCCGGCAAGCCCGCCGGCGACACGGCGCCGCCAAAGAACCAGACGUUCUCCGACGAGAAUGGCAAGACGGAGGGCGGUGAGGUGGUGAGGCAAGAAGAUCCCGACAAGCAGAGCGCCGAGGAGGCGCCGACCGAUGGCAAGGACAGCGGCGGCCAAGACAGAAGCAACGCCGACGAGGCGCCGUCAACGGACACGAAGGAGAACGCCGGCGAGUCCGACAAGAAAACCGAGCAGAGCACGGAGGAGGAGACAAGGGACACCAAGAGCACCGGCGGCCAGGCCGGCCAGAACACGGAUGAGGUGUCCAUGGAGACUAAGGAUGACAAGAGCGGCGACGAUGCGCCGACCGACGCGAAGGCGACCGGCGACGGCGGCUCGUCGUCGAAGAACCAGGCAACCUUCGACGACGAGAACGGAAAGAUGGACGGAGUGGAACAGGUGACAGAAGACGGCAAGGGCACAGAGAAGAGCUCCAAACAGGUUGCCACCAAUGGCGCGGACGACGGCGAGGUGCAAGCCACCGACGGCGACACGACCGCCGGCGCCGCGUCGAACAACCAAACUAUCGGAGACCAGAACGACGCGCCGAAGACGACGACGACGACAUUUGAAACAACAGAGGAGGCCCCGGCGAACAGCACCGCCGCCACUGACGAGAUCAAGCCGGCGGAGCUGCUGCCGAGCGGGCAGGCUGAGCUUCUGAACGAGACGGCGUCGGCGGUGGCGCGGAACGGCUCGUUCCCGACGCAGGCGUCGGAGUCAAGCGCCGAGAAGAAGGCGCGCGAGAGCAACAAGAACGCCGGCGGCGAGACGACGAGUACGGUGACGGAGGAGGAGGCGCACGACUGGAAGCUCUGCAACUCGACCGCCGGCGCGGACUACAUCCCGUGUCUGGACAACGAGGCGGCCAUCAAGAAGCUCAAAAGCACCAAGCACUACGAGCACCGUGAGCGGCACUGCCCUGCCGCCGCGCCGACGUGCCUCGUCCCGCUCCCGGCCGGUUACCGGCGGCCGAUCCCGUGGCCGUACAGCCGCGACAAGAUCUGGUACCACAACGUGCCGCACACCAAGCUGGCGUCGUACAAGGGACACCAGAACUGGGUGAAGGUCUCCGGCGAGCACCUCACGUUCCCCGGCGGCGGCACGCAGUUCAAGAACGGCGCGGCGCACUACAUCGACCUGAUCGAGGAGGCCGUGCCGGGCGUGGCGUGGGGGCGGCGCAGCCGCGUCGUGCUCGACGUCGGCUGCGGCGUGGCCAGCUUCGGUGGCUUCCUGUUCGACAAGGACGCGCUCACCAUGUCGCUGGCGCCCAAGGACGAGCACGAGGCGCAGGUGCAGUUCGCGCUGGAGCGCGGCAUCCCGGCGAUCUCCGCCGUCAUGGGCACCAAGCGCCUCCCCUUCCCCGGCGGCGCCUUCGACGCCGUCCACUGCGCGCGGUGCCGCGUGCCGUGGCACAUCGAGGGCGGCAAGCUCCUCCUCGAGGUGAACCGCCUCCUCCGCUCCGGCGGCCUCUUCGUCUGGUCCGCCACGCCGGUCUACCGGAAGACCCCGGAGGACGUCCAGAUCUGGCACGACAUGGCUGCACUGACCAAGUCCAUGUGCUGGGAGAUGGUGAAGAGGACGAGCGACACCGUCGACGAGACCGCCAUGGUCAUCUUCAAGAAGCCAUCGAGAAACGACUGCUACAGCGAGAGGAAGCAGCUGGAGCCGCCGCUCUGCGACUCCUCCGACGACCCCGACGCCGCAUGGAAUGUCACGCUGCAGUCGUGCAUGCCCUCGCUGCCCACCGACACGUCCGCCCGCGGCGCGCGGUGGCCGGAGCAGUGGCCGGAGAGGCUAUCGACGGCGCCCUACUGGCUGUCAAACAGCCAGGUCGGCGUCUACGGCAAGCCGGCGCCGGACGACUUCGCCGCGGACAACGAGCACUGGAGCAACGUCUUCAACAACUCGUACCUCGCCGGCGUCGGCAUCGACUGGAGCAACGUCCGGAACGUCAUGGACAUGAGAGCUGUCUACGGAGGAUUUGCGGCGGCGCUCAAGGACAUGAAGGUGUGGGUGAUGAACGUGGUGCCCGUGGACUCGCCAGACACGCUGCCGAUCAUCUACGAGCGCGGGCUGUUCGGAAUGUACCACGACUGGUGCGAGUCCUUCAGCACGUACCCGAGGUCGUACGACCUCCUCCAUGCCGACCACCUCUUCUCCAAGCUCAAGAACAGGUGCAAGCUGCUGCCGGUGAUGGUGGAGGUGGACCGGAUCCUGCGGCCGGAGGGGAAGCUGAUCGUGCGGGACGACGGCGAGACGGCGAAGGAGGUGGAGAGCAUCGCGAGGUCUUUGCACUGGGAGGUGAGGAUGACGGUGGCCAAGCAGGGGGAGCUGCUGCUCUGCUUCGAGAAGACGACGUGGCGGCCCACAGAAGUCGAGGCGGCGACGGCGACGGCGAGCUAGUAGAAGAAGACGACCAUGGCCAGUAGUGCUUAGCACCAAAAAGGAGCAAUUUUACGGUCUCCGAGAAGUAUUAGGAUGUAUCAAAAUUUUAGUCUUGGUACCUAAUUAAGAACCAUAAAAUUGAUAAAAAAAAAGUUUGGGAAAUGUGACACGUUGCAAUAAAAGUCGAUCGAUGGUAGAUUUCAGUACAAAUUAGAGCUGUUGCAACUUAGCACAAGUGUAUAACCGAGUUUUGUAUACAAGUUUUACCAGGAAGACGAAAUCAGUAGGUUUGUAUAGAACUGAUGCACGGGAUGUUCAAACUUCCAAGCAAGGUUGAAUAAUACAAAUUGGGGAGAAAUUAUUGGAGAG